AUUUGUGCUAGUGACUCGAUAUCUUACAUUCCUCCCGAAACAGCACUCGCCUCUUCGUACCCAGCUCCUCUACCCGGGCAGUUUAGCUUUUCUUAUCAUAAAAUCUUUGCCUCCGCCCAUCUGCCUUAGUAGUCUGAGCUUGUUCCGCCUUAUGCCCAACUUUCCCGUCUUCUUCUUCUCUUGGUAGCCGGCUCUAGGAAGCACAUCUCUUUACCUACCUAAACCUUUAUAAGAUAGUCUAGGUUAUUUUUACGCCUCUACAUUCCCAAGUCUCGGCCACUUAUCUCGAUAAACCCCACUUCUGUCAGACAUUCAGACAUUCUGAGGUUCGUAAUACGAUGACGUCCGGUCCGAAUUCCAACGCCACCCCGCUCCCGGCCAAGAUCUGCGUUUACUGCGGCUCGUCGCCGGGGAACAAGCCGGCGUAUCUUAAAGCAGCUCAAGAGCUAGGCAGGCUUAUGGCAGAGAACAAUAUCUCUUUAGUAUACGGAGGUGGCACAGUAGGGUUGAUGGGAGAAGUAGCGAAGACAAUAGUAUCGAUAUCAGGUCCUGAUGCCGUCCACGGUAUCAUCCCCGAAGCGUUAGUUAAAUGGGAGCGAGAUGCGACUUAUUCGUCAACUACGGAUGCCAACGGGUAUCACGUUCCGGAAGAGCAGAUUUACGGCCGAACGACGGUUGUUAAAGACAUGCAUACGAGGAAGCAGAUGAUGGCGAGAGAAGUGAUCGAAGGAGGACCCGGAAGUGGCUUCAUUGCGCUCCCUGGCGGCUACGGCACGAUGGAAGAGCUGCUCGAGACGGCCACAUGGAAUCAACUGGGUAUCCAUGAUAAAGGCGUUUGCUUACUCAACACAAAUGGAUUCUAUAACGGCUUGACACAGUGGAUUAAGACAGCCGUCGACGAGGGUUUCGUUAAGGCAGGCAAUGCCGAUAUCUUGGUUACGGCAGACGAUGCCGAGGGUGCGCUCAAGGCCUUACGGGAAUACAAGGUUUCAGACGCGCGUUAUGGAUUAAAUUGGGGUAACGAAUGAAGGAGUCGCUGCAUUAGAAGCAUUACGAAAGCUACCUACUCAGGUAUAUAUUGAUACUUAGCGCAGAAUUGACCGGCAUUUGCUCUGGUGUAUCCUAUCUGUGUGCAACCCCGACGAGAUCUGCGAUGUCGAGCUAGCUCGGCUUUCUAUGCCCGAUUCGCAUCCGUAGAAGUCGGGAGUCUAGG